AUGACCGCAGCAUUGUCAGGCGGGGAACAUGGCCGCGCCCAGGUUGCGCUUCCUCAUGGAGUACGCCAUGUUGGAGGAGUGUCCAUUCGUACAGAGGAUGAGGAAGCCUCUAAACUCACAUUGCUGAGCACUGGCGCUGUCUCACAGAUGGUGGGGAGAGAGGGUGGGGACGUUUCUCUGGGCGGGCAUCCUGGGAUCUGUGUAAUAAUGUUCAGAGAAGCUGAGAGGCCUCUGGAAAGACGCAGAGGUGCCAGUCUGUUAUCUCCUGGCAGAUACCACAGGAUGAGAAGAAGUAGGAGCUUGCGGGCCUCUCCUGGAACAUACCACGAGGGGAGAAAGGGAAGAAAUCAGGGACCUGCAAGUCCUCCUAGGAUAGCCCUGGGGAAAAGGGGGAGGAGUCAGUGUUAGAUUCCUCUGCUGGGCUUGUUGGGGUUGGCUGUGGGGUUUGGAUGCUCCCAUAAUCUACAUUAUCUCCCACUCCAGCUACCCGAGCUAAAGUAGAAGUUCUUACCAAUAAAGGUUUUUGAUUUUUCCCUUAAUCUAAUUCAAUAUGUCAAUAAAAGUAUCUUUAGGAAAAUUUAUUUUUAUUUUCUUAUAAAAUAA